AUGGUACCAAAAGGUCCUUACAAGCUGUGUACAGUCAAUACCGCACCAGACCGAGCAAAGCGCUUGGUUGGAAGACUUGUUGAAGAUGUUAAGGACACUUAUACGAUUGUCUAUGUUGAGAACUGCGAACGAGUUGAAGAUGUCAAGUCGAUGUGUGAAAGAAAUAAGCCAGAUGUCUUGUUCUGUGCAUCAAUGUGGACUAUCGAAGAGAGUGAAGAGAUUCAAAGGAUAGCAAGGGAAAUUGUCCCAGGUGUCAGAACAAUGGCUAUUCCUCAUGGACUUCAAGUCGAAAAAGGUCCCGAUGCGGUAGUCGAAUUCCUCAAGGAGAGAUGGCCUCAAUUGGUCGAGAGGUGA